AUGGAGGGGCUGAAAACCCUGGGCCCCUGCGGCCACCCCUACCCCCACCCACCAUGUCCGCCAGCCGCAGCCUCCAGCAGCCAUGCAGGAUGCCUGGACUAGCACUGACAGGGAUUUGUAGGGUGGCCCUGUCUGGUCCCCAUCUCCUCUGCUCACUCAGUUCAGUCCCAGAGACCUUACCCAGAUCCAGGGGCAGGGGGCCCAGUGGAGAGCGAGGCUCCCACGAUCUUUCUGUCCAGUAAGGAGCAGACAGCAAGAAACCCUGAGGGGCUGAGACAAGGAAGCCUGGAGGCAAGGCUCAGGUGGGGCUGGCCCCUGCACCCAGGGUCAAAUCAGGGGGCUUCCAGGCAGGAGGGAUGCACUGGCUCAGGGCCCAGACCCUGUCCAUGCCCAUCCCUGUCGCCGGAGAGAAGGGCCCUGGCCUCGCCCAGGGCAGCCCUGUCCCAGCUGCAGUGCAGGCCGCUGGGCUCUGCAGAACAGUCCUUCCUGCUGCUGGAGCAGGAGAACCGCAGUCUGAAGAGGCAGAACCAGGACCUUUGGGAGCAGCUAGGGGCCCUCCUGGGGCCGGGGCAGCAGUUCCUGCCCCUGUGUUCCGAACACUCAAGCUGCACUCCCCUGGCCUGGUACAGACCCCCCGACCCAGCUAGCAUGCAGCCCUUGGGGAACAGGGCACCUCUGCAGCUGGUGUGGCAGGAACUGUGCUAGGGGCAAGAGGCUUUCGUGCACCAGUCCCAGAACGAGCUGCAGCAGAUCUGCCUGUGCUUUGAGAAGACGGUCAUCACAGAGGUGUGACCCCACCAUCCUCCCGACAGCAUGGCUGAGAUGUACAUGGCCCUGAACAACCAGGCCACCAGGCUCCUACACCUCAAGAAGGACAUCCGGGGCAUGCUGGACCAGAAAAAGAACAUCUAGCUGGGGAUUCUCAGGGAGCGGGCCCAGUGCCGCACUCAGGCCAGGAAGGAGCUGCAGAUGGCAAGCAUGGCAAAAGGGAGGCCAAAGCUGGAAAGCUCCAAGGGCCUGGCAGGCCAGCUCUGGCUACUGACCCUGAGGCUGCUGCUGGGUGCCCUGCUGGGCGCCUACGUGUACAUGGUGAACCCCAGGCCCUUCGAGGGGCUGGUGCCACCCCUGCUGAGCCAUGCCACCAUCUGGAAGCUCCAGGCCCUGCUGGACCCCUUCCUGCACCUUGAGGUGGAUGGCCUCCUGUCCUAG